GUAAUAUUAGUGUGAAAAUGUACAUAGUUCUCCAUACUUCUAACAACUACGAACUCCAUCAAGACUCGCAAAUUUGAAAACUUUGCCAACAUGAACAACACCAACGGGACCUGUUUACCAGCGACGGGCCACAUCUCCAUCUCCGUGCUCAUGUGCUUGGUCUUCUUCGUGGGUUUCUUGUUAAAUAUGUUCAGCCUUUGGGUUUUCUUCUUCCGUAUGUCGUCGUGGAGCUCUGGGACAGUCCUUCAGUUCAAUCUGGCUCUAAGUGACGCUCUGGCCACUCCCGUCACUCCACUCAUGGCCGUGUACUUCGCCAUGGGUAACGAAUGGAUUUUUGGUCAGUUCCUGUGCCAAGCCAAAAUCGCCUUGUUGAGUUCACACUUUUACGGCAGCACUAUCUUCCUCACUCUGAUCAGCGUUCACAGAUACACGGCGGUGGUGAAUUUCAACAAAAGCUCUAGAAUGAAAAACAAAGACUUCAUCAAAAAAAUAUGUGCUGGGGUGUGGCUACUACUUUUUCUGCAAUCUUUAGUUUACUCCUUGAUUCUCCCGACAACGAAAGAAGGAAAGCGUCGCCAAUGUUUCAAUUUCAGCCAGAAGAAACUUUCCAACAUCUACUACGCUAUUAACUUUGUCUUGUUUACAGUUGGAUUUCUGCUUCCUCUUAGCAUCUCUGCUGGCUGCUACUUCGGCCUCGCCAACACUCUAACACGCCUCAACACCAGCACCCAAAAAGGUCUCAAAGUGAAACUGAAAUCGCAGAGAAUGAUACGAAUGUGUUUGCUCAUUUUUGGUAUUUGCUUUUUGCCCAUGAAUGUGAUCCGGACAACAGGGGUUAUACUGAUAAAGCACUAUCCUCAAAGAUGUUCCAUGCUCCAAGCCGUCCAGAUGGCCUACUAUGCUUCCUGGAUUUUCGCGGGGGUCAACGGAUGCCUGGACCCUUUGCUGUACUGUUUUGGAUCGCACAGUUUUAGAAAUGCUUUCAGGUUUUUAAAGAUGAACCAAGCAGAGUCGCAAGGAAGAAAUGAUUCGGAAACUACUGCAAAUCAGCUGGAAUGAAAGCCAGAUAAAAGCUGAUGCUUUGUGGUGACAUAGUGCUGGGGGGUGUUGCAUGCAUACAUGCAUCUCUAAUGGUGGAAUGUUUAGGAGUUACCAUGGUGGCACAAUGCACAGAUUAGCAAAUGUUUAAGAUUAUGUCUGAAUACUCAAGAAAAAAUGCAAAAUGGAUUUAAACAGCACUUUUUCAGGAGCCUGUGAUCAAUACGAACAUUCAUGGUCCUAUUUAGGUGUUUAAUUUUCAACAAAAAGGUGAGAAUUGGACAUAAAACGGAUUGAGAAACCAAUCCGUAAAGAUGGUCACAUGACUGGGAGGACAUUGGACAAACUGCUCUCCAUCAUGGAUACUCCUGCUGACCCACUCCAUCAGAGUCUAGCGGGACAAAUAAUACUCCCUACAACUGUACAACAACUCAUCCACUGCACCAGAUUAUAGAGGGCCAAAGGAGCUCAUUCUCCAGCAGGCUCCUACAACUCUGCUCAGUGAGAGAUUCAGAACUACAUCCAUAUCAUAUGCCAUACAACUAUACAACAGCUCACCCUUAUGUCAUAGCUAAAACUAUAUGUCCUGUGAAUAUUUGAGUUUAUUUUGACUUGCACAUAUACAUUUCUAUAGUUAUUUGACACCAGUCUCUUGCUAUUUUUGGUACUUAUUUAGAAUGUAUUAUUACCAUUUAUAUAUGUUUUCUCUUUGUUAUUACAAUCACCCAAGUAAUACCCAAGUAACCCAAAAAACAUGCACCAUAGAUCUCCAGAAACCAGCACCAUAGAAUAGCCGAUAGUGAAUGGAGGUCAGUUAAAUACAACAUCAAUUAAAUCUGUACUAAAUACGUACUAUAUUGUGAUGUGUGAGCUACUGUGUCCAAGCAUCAAACCCCCAGGGAAUGUUGAUGACAUUAGCUGCAACAUAUCAAUAAAUGAGUCUAUAAUGCUAUACUACGGAUAUUAGUUAUCAGCUGCUUAGUUUCUGCGAGACAUUGACAUUUUUUUCAAAAAGUCUGUAGGAAAAAUUAAUGGAAAUGUUCUAGUAAUAUUGUCAUAUACCCUAUUAUAGCUGUAACCUUGACUAAACAGAAUAUGGUUGAUAUGUUUGAAGUAUUAACAUAGAGAGUGCUUUUCCCCUUGUAAUCUAAGUUAAUGAUAUUAAAACAUGUAUAAAAUAAU